AUGGAUUUCAGUUCUCAGUGUCUCAGCUCGGCGGAUUAUUUUACCCACCUUGGAAGCCAUUGUUUGCCCCGAUUACGCCGUCUAAGCCUGAGGCUGUAUCACGUGCCUGAUGUUACGCCGAGUAUUGAUAAGGAGGUGGACUGUUUCCCAUCACUGGACGAAGCGGAAGUCUGUUUUUUCGGACGCUGGUGCCCUGGUGGUUUUCGUGCAGUGAUUCGACGCCUCCGUAACACUAGGCAACUUGCUUUGAUGAAUACCAAUCUAUGGAUCCAUGGACAAUCUUGUUGUAUCGCAAAAACCCAAUUUUCUUUUAACACUCUUCGGAUUCUACGAACAGCCCUCACAUUCCUCUCUCCUGACAACAUAUAUGAAAGGAUCCAAUUUCCAAGUCUGGAGCUCGUGGUUCUGAUAAACCACAACCUGUCUCCCGACAUGGCAAAGACGGGUCAGUACGAAUCCUAUUUCCCGGGCGUUAAAGUACGCUUUGGACUUCCAAAGCGUCGAAGAGACAAUGACCCGAAAGAUUGUGCAGCCUCUUAUAUACAAAAUAGUGUUGACAUGGCCCUGGCAAUUGAAAAUCCCCUCUGGGACGGGCUUCAUGGGCUGCAGCGAACUGUUCCACUCUCCCUGGAGGAAGUUUACCUGUUAUUUAUCCUUGAACCUAUCCUCGAUAGUCUUGGUGUUUCGCUUGAAAGGAAUGCCAUUGAGGAAAUUAUACUGAAGGCUAAUGUACGCAUUUCCCGCCUUCGAUGCGAGUUAAUUGCCAUGGAGGCGCAUGAGGAUACUCUCACUUCGCUAGACAUCGCGGCGGAGUUGCUUGUUGGUUGCCUUAGAAUUCCAGAGGCACUGAGGCAGAUAAAGAGUCUUCGUGGCCAGCUGGUCAGUAUGGUGGAGUUAAUUGCCAACGCUGUAGAAGACCUGUCUGGUGCGCCGUUCUACAAUCCAACGGUUAGCACUGCUGAUCUUCGACCGUUUCUGGAGAUGUAGAUGGUGUACAAAGCUGAAUUUUGCCAAAUUGCGCCGCUCAUGUCCAUGUCUGAAAACACUUUUCUGCUAUUCACCGAACUGUGUAGAGGAUUGGAUGGACGGACUGACUUCGCCGUGGAGGCUGCAAUCCUUCUUUUGGAGCUUUGGUGCUGA